AUGGAGAGGACCGUGGAACAUGACAACUACAUGUGUCAAGAAAUUUUAGUACUUGAACCUUUUAAGUACAAAAAAGGAAACAUAUUUAGAGGCAAAGUCUUGGAAAAAACGACCUUACGCUUCCCGAUUCAAAGUCAGUAAGCGCGCUGUUAGAGAAAGAUACACACUGCUGAGCGAGAAAUUUAAAGCAAAGAUGAAAGACGAAGAGAGGGCAAGUGGAAUUGAAUGUGAUUUGAGUGAGGUGGUAAAGGCUCCGGAAGAAACAUCCGAAAAAGAAGCUGCAGCUGAAGACACCGUAGAAAACGAUAAGAAAGCUGACAACGCAAAAGCAGCGGAAAUGAAAAACAGAGCUCAAGAAAGCCUGAGCGGAACACAGAAAAGGAAGCGGUAUGAAGAGAGGAGAAUGUGA